CAUCUCGGAAAAGUCCUAAAUUUCAUCCUCUCCUCUUUCUCGACGUUUUCCUCGAUUUGUCGAAGCCUUUACUACUCGUAUUUUUCUUUGGCUCUCUGCAUCUUGCAUGGUUGUUUCCUAUUUUCUGAAAGUCUUUUUCAAUCCCACAUAGUACGGAAGACAAAACUAUAAGUGUGGAGCUUGAGAAUCAUUAUUUAAUUUCAUAUGUAGUUUAACACAAGGCAAACUUCAUCCUCACUAAGUUGUUUCAACAAAGUCCUUUUCAACAUCUUCCUAAUCAGUACAGCCUACAAUUCCCAGGAUUGUUUGACUUGGAAUUGUUCACUUUCUACCCAUAUCUUGGUUUGUCUGUCAAAAGAUCAACAUGUCGACUUCAACAAGUGCAUUAGCAAUUGAAAAGCAGAUGAUACCUCAAAACGAAGUUCAACAGGUUGAAUUACUUACUGAGGUCGAGGAUUUGCAUGGUGGAGUCAUUGUAAACAUGGAGAAACCUAUGGGUUCUGAGGCCUUCGCCUCUUCACUUAGAGCUUCAAAAUCACGAUGGAAGCAACAGGGGAAGAGAGCGGUUUGGAUUAAAUUGCCUAUUGAAUAUGUUAAUCUGGUUGAACCAGCGGUCAAGGAAGGGUUUAGAUACCACCAUGCUGAACCAGAUUAUCUAAUGCUUGUCAAUUGGAUAAGUAAUUCUACCAAUACUCUUCCUGGAAAUGCUUCACAUCGUGUGGGGAUUGGUGCUUUUGUCAUGAAUGACAAAAGAGAGGUGCUUGUAGUUCAAGAGAAGAAUGGCAAGUUCAAAGGCAAUGGUGUAUGGAAAUUCCCUACCGGUGUUGUCAAUGAGGGUGAGGAUAUUUCCAUGGCAGCAGUCAGGGAAGUUAAAGAAGAGACAGGGAUCGACACAGAAUUUGUGGAAAUUUUAGCAUUUAGGCAAAGCCACAAGUCAUUCUUUACAAAAUCAGAUUUGUUCUUUGUUUGCAUUUUACGUCCAAACUCAUUUGACAUUCAGAAGCAAGAUAUGGAGAUUAAAGCUGCCCAGUGGAUUUCACUUGAUGAAUAUGCAGCCCAACCAUUUAUCCAGAAACAUGAUGCCUUUGGAAUUGUUGCCAAAGUAUGUAUAACAAAGUUAGAGAAGGACUACGCCGGAUUUUCCCCAAUUCCUACUACCACAACUUCUGGCAAAACUAAUUACUUGUACCUCAACAGCAGAGAUCUGAACAAACUAUAAACAGCAGUAACAAGGUUACUAAUAAUGAAUAAACUCUGAUUGUAUACAUGUAGAUGCUGAUACAAUAGAAACUCAAGGUCAAGCAUAGAAAGCCCAAUAGGGGUUGCUUAUAUGGUACUUUGAGGAUAGUAGGCGAGACCCAGUAUUUUGUUUUUCUAUCACUUAAUAGUAGUAUAAUGCCUUCGCAAUUAAUUUGUUGGAUUUCCAUUUUCUGUUCACAGAAAUUAUGUAAUUUGAAACUUCCAAAGUAACAUAAGAAAUUUCUAUUAAGUA